AUGCUGAGGUCCCUCCAAAUCUUUGGUUCCCUGGCGCUGCUGCAGGCAGUUGCGUCGCAGCAGAUUGGGGAUAUCUGGCAAACCACAUGGGAUAAGAACAUGCUAUUCACUUAUUUCCAGCCCACGCCGGACCCCAUUAACUUCGUUACUCCUGGCGCUAUCGGGAGCGCGGAUAUCGUUAUCGAUGAUUCCUCAGUAUAUCAAACCGUGUAUGGUUUCGGAGCAUCGUUGACCGAUUCUUCUGCUGAGUUUGUUCAUCAGGUACAGAAUCCUGGAAGUUAUUGGCAGCUCAUGGAUUAUUUAUUUAAUGCUACGGAUGGUGCUAACUCGGCCGGGCUCUCCUAUAUCCGCGUCCCACUCGGGGCCACAGACUUUUCUGCAAAUACCUACAGUUAUGACGACAUCAGUGGAGACACUUCGCUGAACGACUUUAACAUCGAUGCUGCACCAUUUGACGUUUUCUCGGUUCUUCAAGACAUUCUAUCUAUCAAUCAUAUAGCCAGGUUCCACAUCGUGCCUUGGUCGCCGCCUGGUUGGAUGAAGAGCGGGGGGACUAUGCACGGAGGUUCACUAAAUACUCGAUACAUUAACACGAUGGCAAACUACCUCUUGAAGAGCGUGCAGGCAUUCUCAGACAAAGGGGUUCCCAUUUACGCAAUCGGUAUCCAGAAUGAGCCGGAAAACAGCGACACCACAUACCCUACUUGCGACAUGCCGGUGGCAACUGAGGCACAGAUUGGGCUGGCUCUGCGCACGCUGUUGAACAAUGAUGGCUUUUCGGGUGUCAAGAUCAUUGGCUACGAACACAAUUGGGUGGACGCUGCCAACUACCCGGUCCAACUGAUGCAACAAGCCGGAAGUGCCUUCGAUGGGGUGUCUUUCCAUUGUUAUCAGGGUUCCGUCAGUGACCAGGCCUCGUUCACGUCUCAGUAUCCGAACAAGGAAGUGUACUUCACGGAGUGUUCGGGAACCCUUGGCAGUGACUGGUGGAGCGAUAUCAAGGUAUUCAUUAACAAUCUAUUUUGCGUCAGAGGAAAUGAACUGACCCCCUUCAUUGGCAGCAUCUCAUACGGCUCCUCCUCUGGAUUGAUGUGGAAUCUCGCACUCAAUGGAAGUGGCCAGCCAUCACUUCCAGGUACAGACAGCUGUGGUGGUGGAUGCCGUGGUGUAGUCCAAGUCAACAGCAAUGGGACCUGGAAUGUAAACCAAGAAUUUUACUCCAUGGCUCAAGCGUCCAAAGCCAUUCUUCCUUGCGACGUCGGCGGUCCAUGGGGCCAGCGAAUUGGCGUGAGCGUCGGUGGUUCGCUUGACUGGGCUCUUGUGGUCGGCGCCUACAAGACAGGCAGGGUCUUGUCGAGUGACUUGAACAGGUACAGCAUCGUCGUACUGAACUGGGAUGACAGCGCGUCCACCAGUGGGAAUCCUCAGUCUGUGAAAGCCACUAUCGAGUUUAGGGGUAUGCAGGCUUCAUACGCAUUUCCCGUCGGUGUCACCACCCUUUGGUGGUACGCUCCCAACUAG